AUGAAAGAUACAAAAACAGUAUUACCAAUGGUAAAUGGUAAUGGAGAAAAUAAAAAUGUUUUUCAUCAUAAAAAUAAAACACAAGAGAAUGGGAAUGAUGGUGAACAUCUGACAACAACAACUAUAACAACAACAUUAAAAAAUGGUUUAGAUGAUAAUGAAGAACUUGUUGGUGGUUGUUGUGUUUGUUCAGAUGAUCAAGGUUUUGCUAAUAAUGCUCUUGUUUAUUGUGAUGGUAAAGGAUGUACAGUUGCUUGUCAUACUGCAUGUUAUGGUAUUGUAACAAUACCUGACGGUGAUUGGUAUUGUGGUCGAUGUGAAGCUAGUGAUAUUCAAGCACCAUGUCGUUUAUGUCCAACGAUUGAAGGUGCAAUGAAACGAACAUCAGAUGGUGGUUGGGCACAUGUUGUAUGUGCAUUAUAUAUACCUGAAGUAUCAUUUGGUGAUGAUGCCACAAUGGAGCCAAUAAUAUUAUCAAAAAUUCCAUCAACACGUUUUGGACAAGAAUGUUCGAUUUGUACACAAAAUGGACGUUCAAAAAUGAUUGCAACAAGUGGUGCUUGUUGUGGAUGUACAUUUAAAAAUUGUUCACAAGUCUUUCAUGUUACAUGUGCACAAGCAAAUGGUUUAUUAUGUGAAGAUGUUAGAAAAAAUAAUUGUCAAUAUCCAAUUUAUUGUGAACAACAUCGUCCAAAACUUUCUAAAUUUAUACGACAAAUACAAGCUUUUCAAUAUUCACCGAAUGCUUUAGCAUCAAUAGAACAAUUAAAACGACAACAUUUAUUUUCAAAAGAAAAAGACAGUCCAUCACAAUUAUCUGAUUUUGUUGCUGCUGCUGCAGCUGAAGCAGCAGCUAGUGAAACAAAUUUGCUACCAUCAUCAACAUUAGAUGAUACGAAUAAUCAAACAACAAGUGAUGAACAACAAACACCUGUUUCACGUGCUUUUUAUAGUAUGGAUAUGUUAAAACGAAAAUCAUCUUCAAAUACAAAUUCAUCAUUAUCAUCAUCAUCAUCAUUAUCAACACCGAAUUCACCGAUUGUACAACAAAAAUGUCAUUCACGUUCAUCAUCAUCAUCAUCAUCAUCGAAUUCAUCAUUACAAAAAAAAACAAAAUUAAAUGAUGAAAUGAAUAAUAAUAACAAUAAUAGAUCACUUAAUGAUCUUUCACAAUUUGUUCAAUUAAAUAAAGACGAACGAAAUUUUCAUCCGCCAUUACCUAAUCAAUCAGAUGAUAAAGAAAAAACAACAGUGACAACCAAAUCAGAUUCUUCAAUAUCAGAUAUAAAAGAAAAAACAGCUGAUAGUUCAAAAUCAUCUAAUCUAAAUCAUGAUCAUCAAUCGUCGUCGAAAACAAACGAAGAAAAAGUCUUCACAUCUCAAUGUCCAACAUCAUCUUCGAAUGAUAAUAAUAAUAAUAAUAAUAAAUCUUCUAUAAAACAACGACAUUCAACUGAUACAUUAUCGACAAGUAUAAAAUUAAGCUCCAUAAAAAAACCUAUUACUACAAAAAUCAAAGACGAUGAUAAUGAUGAAGAUUAUGAAAUAAAUAAAAAACGUAGACUUUCAAUUAAAAUAAAUAAAGAUGGACAACCACGAAAGAAACGUCAACAUUCAAGUGAAGGUGGCCCGAGACCUGUUGGUCGACCACCAUCAAAAAAAACCCUAUUAGCACAACAAUUAACAAAUGGUAUAAAACGACCAUUACCAAAAUCUGCAACAAAUAAUAAUAUGAAACCACAAAAAGUAAAUGACACAUUAAUAAAUAUUUCAAAGACUCUAUCCGAAAAUGAUAAUGAUAAUGAAAUUAAAUUAAAGUCUCGCUCAACGCACUAUUAUCCAUGUGAUCAUUUUGGUAAUCAAAUUAAUUCGGAUGUUUUUAAACCACGCGGACAUUCCGAUGAACAACUACAACAAAGUUUUUCUCUAGAUACAACUGAAGAAACAUCACGUAGUCGUGUUCCAUCAUCAUCAGCAACAACAACGACACCACGUAUUGAUUUUUAUCCUCGAAGACCUUUACAAAAUACAUCAACAUUAUCAAUAACAACUGAUCAACAACAACGUACAUUUCCACCACAAACAUUAGAAGAAUUUCUUGAACAAGAAUGGGAACUGUCAAGUGAUUUUCUACUUCAACAAACAAUGCCACAUGAUGUAUCAUCAUUAUUAUCUUGUUUAUAUCAAUUUAAAUCAGAGAAUGCUUCAUUACAAAAAAAAUUUGAAGAACUAAAACAUCGUCGAGAUUCACUUCGUGUUACAAAUGCUAAUCUUCGACGUCGACUUUCAGAAAUUUUACCAAUUAAUGAUACUAUUCCUCCACCUACUACAACAGCAACAACAGUAACAGCAGCUAUUAGUCAAGUAUCACCACCACUACCAUCUGCAUCAUCAUCAUCAUCAUCAUCAGCAGCACCACCACCACCAGUAGUAUUACCUGCUGUUCCACCAAGUCCACGUAAGGAACAACAACAACUUAAACAACAAAAACUUCUAGCUGAAUUAGAACUUCAACAACAAUUACAACAACAAAAAGCAAUAUCACCAUCACGUAGACGUUUAUCAAUAAACACCAAUAAUCAACAUAAUGAUACAUGUCAACAAACAAUUAAAAAAAGUAAAUCACCACGUCAAACAAAUUCAUUAGCACAUCAAUCACUUCUUGAAAAUCAACUUCGACAGUCAUCAAAUAAUAAUAAUACUCUUAAUACAAAUAAAAAAUUAAAUAUAACAACAAUACCUAAUAAUAAAAAAGUUAUAUCAUCAGAAGUUGAUAUUCUAUCCCAUCAUCAAACAACGUCAACAAAUUCUUCAGCAAUUCCAACAACGGGAUCUUCAACGUCAACAUCAUCAACAUCAUAUGAACAAAUCGAUGUAACAGCAACAGCUGCUGCUGCUGCAUAUGCAUUAGCAAAAAAUGGACGGGUACCGACAAAUAAUGGUCUUAGUCUUGAACUUCUUUCCCAAAUUCUUGCUGCUAGUGGUACUGCCAUUAGUCCUCAACUUUUUGCACCGACGUGGAAUAUUUCCAAUUUUGGCUAUGCUAAUUUUCCUGGAGCUAAUCCAAUAUCUGUCUCAGAUGAAUCAAUAAUACGUUCCUAUGCUCCACCAACACAGCCAUCUCUCGAACAACAACAACCGCAACCAUCGACAAAACAACAGCCAUGA